AUGUCCAAAAUUCCAGUCUACGUGACGGGGCCUUAUGACAGCGAAGCGAUUGCUCGGCUGCAGAGCGCAGCCAACAUUGAAGCAGUGCUGUUCACGGAUCCGGGCAAGGACGAAUGGCCCGAAAAGGCGAUCGGACUCUUGAUCCGGCGCGACACACGUCUGGGCGAGGCCGAGUUUGCCAGAGCGCGGCGGCUGAAAGUGGUGGUCAAGCAAGGCAUGGGCGUGGACAACAUCGACCUCGAAGCGGCCCGGCGGCACGGCGUGCAGAUCUACAACACGCCGGGGGUCAACAGCGAGGCGGUGGCGGAGCUGGCCUUUACGCUGGCGCUGUGCCUGGGCCGGCGAGUGUGCGAGAUGGACCGGGCUGUGCGUGGUGGCGAGCGCCUGCUUCGAUCCCAGUGGCCUUCCAAGUCGCUGUACCGGAAGACGGUCGGCUUGAUCGGCAUGGGCCACAUCGGCCGCGAGCUGGCCAAGAAAUGGCUGUUCGCCAUGGAUGCCACCCUCGUGGCCUACGACCCCUAUGUUGCCGAAGAUGACCGUGAAAAUGGCUGGGGCGGCCUGCGCCACACCCGCGUGCACGCGCUCGACGACCUCCUCCGCGUGUCGGACGUGGUCAACAUCCAAGUGCCGUUGACGCACGAGACCCGCGGCUUGAUCGGCGCCCGCGAAAUGGCCCUGAUGAAAGACCAGUCCAUCCUGGUGAACCCGGCUCGCGGUGGCAUCGUCGAUGAGCCCGCUCUGUUGGACGCCUUGAGACGCAACAAGUUCUGGGGCGUCGGGCUCGACGCCACGAAUGUUGAACCGCCCACGCUCGACGUCUAUCACGAAUAUCUCGAGCAUGCAAACAUCAUCAUGACCCCCCAUAUCGGUGGAGAGACGUUCGAGACCCGCGUCAACAGUGGCAUUGCCGCCGUCAACACGUUGCUCGCUGCCCUUGCGGGAGCCGAGCCAAAAGGUCGUCAAGCCUGA